GAGUGAUGAUUUGUAAAUGAAGGAUUGGGUUACUUUACUUAAGUGGAAUAUUCUAGAAUACAUACAUCACUUUUCCUUCUAUCUCAAUCUUCAUGUUAAUGUUAGUGUACACUUUCUACACUUCCACUUCCACCUGCAUCUUCAACCUUCAAUUCCAAAUGCAAUAACACCAAAUCCCUAAUUAUUUCACCAUCACACAAAUUUCGCAUUAUUUCAUCACCAAAGUUCGUAAUGUUAACAUCCUAUAACCUUCUUCGUUCUCGCUUUCGUUGUUCUCAUCAACAUUGGUUUUGUACCAUUGUUGCUCUCAAACCUGAACCUCCUCAACCGCCACCGUUCACCGUCACAACCACCACCACCUCCUCCUAUUUGCUUCCUUCUAGACGAUUCCUUUUUCUCGGAUUUGAUUCUCGCCGACAUCUUCAUCAUAGUCAUCAUCACUCUUUCCAUCGAAGUUUCUUUACAAGAGCUAAACCAGCAGCUACAAUUAUUGAGUUCAACGAUAAACACAGUCAGCGAGCUGUAAAAACUGCAUUGUGGUGUAACUUUCUUGUUUUUUCACUCAAAUUUGGAGUAUGGUUAGCUUCCUCUAGUCAUGUUAUGUUAGCUGAAGUUGUGCAUUCGGUUGCCGAUUUUGCAAACCAGGCGCUACUUGCUUAUGGUCUAUCUAGCUCUAGGCGUGCACCAGAUGCUAUUCAUCCUUAUGGAUAUUCCAAGGAAAGAUUUGUUUGGUCAUUGAUAUCUGCUGUUGGGAUAUUUUGUCUUGGUUCUGGUGCCACGGUUGUUAAUGGAGUUCAAAACUUGUGGGUUGCACAGGCCCCUGAGAAUAUGCAAUUAGCAGCUUUGGUGUUAUGUGGUUCAUUCGUCAUUGAAGGUGCCUCUCUUAUUGUUGCGAUUCAAGCUGUCAAGGAAGGUGCAAAUGCAGAGGGAAUGAAAUUAAGAGACUAUAUUUGGCGUGGACAUGAUCCUACAUCUGUUGCAGUAAUGACAGAGGAUGGUGCUGCAGUAACUGGCCUUGCUAUUGCUGGGGCAUCAUUGGUGGCAGUGCACUAUACCGGAAAUGCCAUUUAUGAUCCCAUAGGCUCAAUCUUGGUUGGCAACUUACUUGGAAUGGUAGCCAUAUUUCUUAUCCAAAGAAACCGACAUGCUUUGAUUGGUAGAGCUAUGGACGACCACGAUAUGGAAAAAGUACUCCAGUUUUUGAAAAAAGACCCGGUUGUAGAUGCUCUCUAUGAUUGCAAAAGUGAAGUUAUUGGGCCUGGAUUCUUCAGAUUUAAAGCAGAAAUAGAUUUUAACGGAGAGAUGGUGGUGCAAAAUUAUCUUCAAAGGACUGGACGUGAGGACUGGGCCAAACAGUUUCGUGAAGCUGCAAAGCUGAGUGACGAUGCUGCCUUGACAAACAUUAUGUCAAAUUAUGGUGAGGAAGUAGUUACAGCAUUAGGAAGUGAAGUUGAUAGGUUAGAGAAGGAGAUCCAGAAUCUUGUUCCUGGUAUCCGGCAUGUCGAUAUUGAGGCCCACAAUCCAACAGAGUCAUCUUUGUCAAGUUAAAAUUUUCAAUAUAUUAAAGAUCUCACUCUCAUUUAUCUUGUCAGUGCAUUUAUGAAUGUUAUUUUGCUUCAUCCAUUAUCACGAGUUAAGUUUCAAAUAACAUAGAUUAGUUCAAAA